AUGGGUCGCAUGCACAGCAAAGGAAAAGGGAUGUCCAAAUCGUCCAUCCCUUUCAAACGAUCGGCGCCGCUCUGGUGCAAAACCUCCCCGGAUGAAAUCAAAGACAUGAUCGCGAAGAUGGCGAAGAAAGGCAUGACGCCGUCGCAAAUCGGCAUCAUCUUGAGAGAUAACCACGGCAUCCCGCAAGUGUCCACGGUGACCAACUCCAAAAUCAUGCGCAUCUUGAAGGGUCAAGGUUUGGCGCCGACUUUGCCGGAAGAUUUGUACUGUUUGAUCAAGAAAGCCGUGUCCGUGCGCAAGCACUUGGAGAGAAACCGCAAGGACAUGGACUCCAAGUUUCGAUUGAUUUUGAUCGAAUCCCGAAUCCACAGAUUGGCGAGAUACUACAGACUCGCGAAGAAGUUGGAGCCGAACUGGAGGUACGAGUCUUCGACAGCCUCCACGCUCUUGACGAAGUAA